UGUUGUCAGUAACUACAUUGCACCACACAGGAACAAGUAUCAGCAUUUACCUUAAAGGAUUGUUAACUGUAAUUUUAUUAUCACUCAAAUUAGGAUUAUAACAUCUUAAUGUGUUGUAAAAAAUUGAUUAUUGAUCAAUAAAGCGUGUAAACAUUUUUAAUUAUCUAUGACAAUUGGAUUGGUGCUGAUGACUUUGAGCUUCUUUUUUUCUUUUUAUGAAAUGGCUUUGUUUGCUGUUAGCUUCAAGAUGAAACUUAAAUUGAUUUUUAUUAUACUUGGAUUUAUACUGGGAAGUGAGGUACACAGUUCUAACGAUCAAACUUUUGCCAUAAAAUGGGCCCCGGUAGAAUACAAAGUUCUACUUGAUAUGACAGAUGUUUUUGAAAAAUUUACUAAAAUUUUCCGAGGGGAAGUGACAAUAAGUGGUGUAACAUCAUCUGAAAUCAUUGAGCUGGUUUUGCACAGUAAAGUAAAUGUAACUGAGAUCUAUUAUGUAAAUAGUGAAAUGGAAAAAGUAAACGUCGACAAAAAUCACACGCUUCAACUUGAAGAUGGGAUGUUAAAACUAUAUCUCAAUUCUGUUUUACCCAAGGAUAGUUUUUUCGUUAUUAACAUAAAAUACACUGGAGAGUUAAGUGAUACCUCAAUCACUUUUAUACCAAAUUAUAACAAUAAACAUCAAUUCAGACCAUUAAUAGCCACAAAUUUUCAAAAGUUUGAUGCAAGAGAGUUAUUUCCAUGUGUAGACUUUCCUAGGUUUAAAGCUAAAUUUACCUUAGAAUUAUUGAGACCACGAUGGAUGAAAGCUUUAUCAAACAUGCCAAGGAUAAAAACAACACAAGGAAAUUUAAUGUUCAACAAGCCAAUAAGUGACACAUUUAAUAAAUCACUACCAAUGUCCACGUACAUGUUUGCGCUUGUCCUAUUGCGAGACAACUAUUUAAACCAUACUUUAAGAAAUGGGAUUACUAUAUGGUUUACAAAAAAAGACAAUGUUAACUUUCUAGAAGAAGCAGUUCCUUAUUUAUUAGACUCUUUAAAAGAUUAUACAGGAAUAAGUUACAUCCUGCCAAAAUUAGAUUUAGUUUUAAUACCAAACAAAAGUCAUGAAUCUUUAGGAAACUGGGGACUCAUCACAUGGAGUCUUGACAUGUUUGACCACGUUAACUUUGUUGGAUUGGACAAAUUAGAAUACAUAUAUAAUUUUAUGGGGAAAGAAAUUGCCAAGUAUUGGUUUGGAAAUUUAGUGUCUUGCAAGGAUUGGUGUCAAAUAUGGGUUACUGAAUGCCUUUCCACCUACGUCAGUAAACAAAUAGUGCGACAGGCUUUCCCAGAUUCAACUGAUCUUGAAUUAUUUAUUAAAAAUACAGUCAUGACAGCAAUGGCAGAUGACUCCAAACAAUUACUAUCUUUGGUAAAUACUGACAAAUGCCUUGAGAAUAUAGAUACAAUGCAAUUUGGAACUGUCCAUAAUAAUAAAGGAGCUGCCAUUUUGCACAUGGUGGAAAACAAUUUAAUGACCAAAGGAAAUUUUAAACAGGCAAUACACAAUUACUUGACAAAUAAACAAUUCGGCGUAGUGGAUGAAACUCAAUUUUGGGACUCACUAGAAGAAGUAAUAGAUACUUCUGUGAAGGCCAAGCUGUUCAUAAAUAAAACUUAUACACCUGCUAUUAAUGAAGUGAUGAAAACUUGGAUUUAUAACAAAGGCUAUCCUUUAGUAAAAGUCAGUAGGCUUGAUGGAGACAUACGUGUAACUCAGGGUUUAUUUUCUAAACCUGUGAUAUCAAGCAAUGAAUACUGGUGGAUUCCUUUAACAUACACCACAUCAAAAGAGAAAAAUUUCAAUAAUUUAAAAGUCAAACAAUGGAUUCAACCAACACAUAAACUACAAGAGCUUGACUUACAACUAUCUGAUGAUGAAUGGGUUGUGUUGAACAUUCAGCAUGCUGGGUUCUAUAGAAUUUUGUAUGACGACAGAACAUAUCAACUCAUUAGUGAUCAUUUAAUAAACCAAAGUAUGCAUGACAUCCAUCCUUUGAAUCGAGCCCAGAUCCUUAAUGAUGCAUUUGAGUGUGCCUCUGAAAAUUUGUUAAGUCUAUCUACAGUGUUAAAUUUAACAACAUAUCUUAGGAAAGAGGAACAUUAUUUGCCAUUAAGUGUUGGGAUGGAAGGACUUUUAAAAUUAAGCUCUCAAGCAGUGGAUGAAAACCUCAAAAAAAAGUUUACUAAUUUCAUGCGAUCUCUUGUUGCUGAUAACUAUAUGGCAGUUUUUCUAAACAAGCUUAAAGAGAACAAAGUAUUGAACCAUUUUUACCAUAUUAAGCUUGUCGAGUUGGCAUGUCAACUCGAUUUCUAUCACUGUACAGACCAAGCUACAAAACUUGCAUAUUCAAUAAUCAAUAAUAAAGGCAAAAAAUAUCAGUUGAUUCCUGAGUUGAAAUACACAUUAUGGUGUUCUGCUGUCAGAGUUGGUUCAACGAAUAUCACAAAGUACCUGUUAAGAAAAUUCAAAUCGACGCCCAAUGGAGAAGAAGCAAUAACCUAUGCAAAAUAUUUAUUAUGCAGUAAAGAUCCAUACAUUAUUACACAGGUUUUAAAUCACCUAUUUUAUAAAUCUACCUUUUCUGAAAAUAUUGUAACCCAGUUGAGAGAUUUUAUAACGCCCUUGGAUUCAAACUGUAUGCUUCUUAACUUUCUCGAAGAAAAUUUUGAACUAAUUCUUUCAAAGAUAGGAUGGGAGGGAAUCAUUGAGUUUCUACAAGACGCUUACAACAAAGUUAAAGCUAGAGCGAUAUUUUGUGAAAUGAAGAUACAGCAAAUCUCAUUAUUUCAUCAAAUAUAUUACCCAUGGCCAAGAGCAAGAGCGUGGGAUAAGAAACAUGGAGGUGAACUGAACAGAUGGUUUAGCCAACAUAAGCAUGAAUAUUUUGCAGCUAUAAUUAUUGCAAAUCCCCCAAAGAAUAUGAAUGUAUUUUUAAAGCGAGACGAUGUAUUUUUUGAAGUGCCAAAUGAAUACAAAGUACACCCAUUAGACAAUGAAUUAUAAUUAGCAUAAAUGUUUAGAAUAUGUUUUUCUGUCUGUUGAAGUAUUAUGACACAAUAGAUUAUUUCACAUUUUAA